CGGCCGCGGCUGACGUCGCCGCCCCCGUCCGGCCGGCUGCCCAUUGGUCCAGAUCGGGCUCCAAUCACUCCGCCCCUCGGCUGGCCCGGGCACCGCUGGGCCCGCCCUCUCCGCCGUGGAUUGGCCCGCGGCGGGACCCGUCGGCCGCGGUUGUGUCUGGGAAGGAGAGAAAAUGGCGGCGGAGCCGAACAAGACCGAAAUCCAGACUCUCUUUAAGAGGCUUCGCGCAGUUCCAACCAACAAGGCGUGUUUCGACUGCGGCGCCAAGAAUCCGAGUUGGGCCAGCAUCACGUAUGGCGUUUUCUUGUGCAUUGACUGUUCCGGGGUGCACCGCUCCCUGGGCGUCCAUCUGAGCUUCAUCAGGUCCACAGAGUUGGAUUCCAACUGGAACUGGUUCCAGCUGAGGUGUAUGCAGGUCGGCGGGAAUGCCAAUGCGACGGCUUUUUUCCGCCAACAUGGAUGCACAGCCAAUGAUGCCAACACCAAAUAUAAUAGCCGAGCUGCCCAGAUGUACCGGGAGAAGAUCCGGCAGCUGGGGAGUGCGGCCCUGGCUAGGCACGGCACUGAUCUUUGGAUAGACAACAUGAGCAGUGCCGUUCCUAAUCACUCCCCAGAGAAGAAGGACUCUGAUUUCUUCACAGAAAACACUCAACCCCCUGCCUGGGAUGCGCCAGCCACUGAGCCUUCAGGGACCCAGCAGCCAGCCCUGUCUACAGAGAGCAGUGGCCUGACACAGCCGGAGCAUGGCCCCAACACAGACCUGCUUGGCACUUCACCCAAAGCCUCACUGGAGUCCAUGUAUCUGUCAGCUAAAGGGGCCCUUCCUGCCAGAGAACUGAAAAGCUCCAUCAUUGGCAAGAAGAAGCCAGCAGCAGCUAAGAAAGGGCUGGGUGCCAAGAAAGGCCUAGGGGCCCAGAAGGUGAGCAGCCAGAGCUUCAGUGAGAUUGAGCGGCAGGCCCAGGUGGCAGAGAAGCUCCGUGAGCAGCAGGCAGCCGAUGCCAAGAAGCAGGCGGAGGAGUCCAUGGUCGCCUCCAUGCGUCUGGCCUACCAGGAGCUCCAGAUUGAUCGUAAGAAAGAGGAAAAGAAGCUACAGAAUCUGGAAGGGAAGAAGCGAGAGCAGGCAGAAAGGUUGGGCAUGGGCUUGGUAUCCCGAAGCUCUGUCUCCCACUCCGUGCUGUCUGAGAUGCAGGUGAUCGAGCAGGAAACCCCAGUGAGUGCAAAAUCCUCUCGCUCGCAGCUGGACGUGUUUGACGAUGUUGGUACUUUCGCCUCUGGACCCCCAAAGUACAAGGACAACCCCUUUUCCUUAGGGGAAAGCUUUGGUUCCCGCUGGGAUACAGAUGCUGCCUGGGGUAUGGACAGGGUAGAGGAGAAGGAGCCAGAAGUGACCAUCUCAAGCAUCCGGCCUAUUUCAGAAAGAGCCACAAACCGGAGGGAAGUGGAGAGCCGGAGCUCAGGCCUCGAGUCUAGUGAGGCGCGUCAGAAAUUCGCAGGAGCCAAAGCCAUCUCAUCUGACAUGUUCUUUGGGCGGGAGGUGGAUGCGGAGUAUGAGGCCAGGUCUCGGCUGCAGCAGCUCUCGGGCAGCAGUGCCAUCAGCUCUUCAGACCUCUUUGGGGACAUGGAUGGAGCUCACGGAGCAGGAAGUGUAUCUCUGGGAAACGUGCUGCCUACAGCGGACAUUGCCCAGUUUAAGCAGGGUGUCAAGUCUGUGGCCGGGAAAAUGGCUGUGCUGGCCAAUGGUGUGAUGAAUUCCUUGCAGGAUCGCUAUGGUUCCUACUGAUCCGAGCUCUGUGGCUCAGGCUUACGAUGGUGACGGCAGCAAGAACUCCACAGUUCCCAGGCUGGGGAUGCUUUGCCCUGUGGAAGCUGGGGAGGAUUUGUUACUUUGUAUGUGUGGUGUGUGUGUGGGGUGGCCUUUGAGGCGCUCACUCCUGUGAGGGGAAUGGUCAGUACCAGCCCUUGUCCUCUGCCUGUGGACUGAGCCCUUUAUUCCCUCUCACACCACCCUCCGUGUGUUAGACUCUCGUCCUUCUGUCCUGCCCCCACAGUUGCUGCUCACUUGUCCUGCCAUACUGGGAAAGGGGGUUCCCCCACGAUGGCUUAUUCUGGGUCCAGCCUUUCCCCAAGUAGGGAAAGCGGAAGGUAGAAGGCUUUUUUUGCUGGCUCUAGGGUUCUUCUAGUUCGAGGGCUUGGGUCUCCAUCCUCUGGAACCAGGGGGAUGCCUGGAAGGAGUUCGCUGUAGACCCGUCCCCUGGGGAAAGAGGCUGCGGACUUGCUGCUGCUGCUGCCAGUGGCCUCUUCUAGGUGCCGGGAGAGGGUGAGGGAGGGGAAGGACCUUUGUCUGGGCGUUACCAAGGGCUGGAAACUUUACCUGGUACCUAAAGGUUUCAUUUGGGAUCAGACCGGAGACCCACGGAUUCUCCCGUCUCACCACCCCUUUCUACAGUAAGCACUUGGAAGAUUGUUUCAGGGUGUCUCAGGGUCCCUCUGUACCAUCUGCUGUGGAAUGCAGGACCCUCUGUGACAUUCUCUGUCCCUUCUUCCCCUGGUGGGUGGCCAUGGAGGGUCUUGUCUGCUGUGAUUCGACUCUGGAUGCUGUGAGCUUGAUGCUGGCCAGGGAAGCAGAGGAUGUGAGGGGCAGAGGCAGGCUCCUGGGGCUGAGCUCCUUCCUCUGCAUCAUUCUGGGCUUGGGGGCCAGGACAGCACCUGCCAGUGAGAGCUGUGGGCCUCACCCUGUGGCAGCUGAGCCAAGCACUGUGUCAUUCUUGGUGCCAUCUUCCGCUGCCGCAGGGGCAGUCUCAGCCCGGCCCCCACCUUUGGGUUGUAGGUUGGGCUCCCAAGCAACACAGACCACUCUUCCCCUUGCCCCUCCCCCAGAGGGACUUGACUUUUGUUCUGGACUGUUUGUAUUGAGACAAAGUGGUGUCAAAAUAAAGCCCCUGCAGGGCCUGGCUCCCUGUUGGUCUGAGUGAA